CUCGGCGCGGCCGCAAUGGGCCUCUUCACGACCUGCUACCGCGAGUCCUCGGCCAUCAUUGUCCCCGCGCCCCGAACCCUCGUCGACUGCAUCUGUGACGUCGCGGCCGCCAAGCUCGAGGCGAAACUCGGACGCUCCUCGGUCCUCCCGCCCCAGAGCCUGCCUCGCAUCCGGCACAAGUUCAUCGAGCCCUCGCGCCGGUCCAAGUCGGUCGUCGGUGGCCGCAAGGUGCCGCUUUUACCGCAUGAAAUCUUCGACGCCAAGACCGACGCACUCUACCGCAACGUCCUCUGUGCUGUGCCCGAAGACGACCGCGCACGCUGCGACCACUGCGAGGAGGCGCUCCUUUUCAACAAGACCGCAUCGGUGGUCUGGAUUGCGCUCACGCUCGUGCGCCGUCCCCGGUCGCCUCCCAGCGUCGAGACCCACUUGUAAAUUUCCCCGAC